AUGCUCCCCGUGCAGUCACACCCUACCGAAAAUACUGUGCCUAGUGCAUCAGCAAAAAGGUCUCCUCCAGCAGCCGAUAGCAGCAACAAUGAGGAUCUCUUCGUGUGGGAUUCUCAUCAGGACUUCGCAAUUCAGACGGAGCAGCACAGCUUCGACUUGCAAGACUCAGACCAGCCGCUAAAGUUUCCAAAUGUCUUGAAUGGCGCUCUCCUUGACAUACACCAACCCACCUUUCCCAACUUUACCAAUCAAACCAGCCGUUCCUUUAUAAAUAUGCAGUCCGAAGACUUACCAGACGUUACUUCACCAUCACCUUCGGGCAUGCAAACUUCCGUGUCGUCAACAACUUCCCAACAGCCAUCUGACCGUAGCGACCCUCUGAGCGCGACAUCCAAAGGCACCAGAUUUGUUAGCUUGUUAGAACAUUGUGCGAGACUUCAGCGUCAUAUCAUGACGAUGGAAGAGGAUGGUUCCACGAUCUCCGACAAGGGUACAUUAUCAAUGUCGAAGAAAAUCGGAAUAUCAAAUGGUCCAUUACGGGAGAUGUUAGAAGACAUCGACGUUAGCUGCAAGCUCAUGUUUGAGAUGUGUGACGAAGGAACUUCGUCCAAGUCCACUUCAGCGCAGGUCAACUCUCCUCCGGAUUCGGCAUCCAUAUCUCUUAUAACAACUGUUGCCUUUAAAGUUUUUCAAAUCUGCGAUAUCUUGUUUAAUGGCCAAGGCCUGAAAAUUCAUACUAUUAAGGAUGUGCUUCUACAAAAGCGCCUCGACUUUAACAUCACUCAGGCGGGGAUUGUGACAUCUCGAAUCGAGCACUUGACCCGGGAUAACAGGCAAAUUUCGCAGGAACUAUUAAGAAAAGCUGUGCAUAUUGAGGAAAGAUUUACUAGCCAGCGUGGGGGCAGCUUUACGGACAUGGGAAAAUUUCGUUCAUAG